CGUGGUAGUACGAGGAUGAGGGCAACUUGGUUGAGUCGCGUUAUACCGAACGCCAGUUGCUCCGCGGCUUCCGCCAGUUACAGUGACAUGAGUUUACUUCAACCACUUGCUAGUAGUUACGGUUUUAAUAAAAGAUCCGCGAAAAUGUCCCGAUUACCGAGUGCCACUUUUGGAGUCCUGACGUGGACCUUUGCCCUCUUUCUCCUUUUGGGAACUGUUAGCCAAUCUCUCGCUUCCAAUGAAAAUAACAGUAACAACAAUGGCAAUAACAUUAAGUCCAAUGAACUUAAAGUUGAGACACUUUUUGCACCGGAGGGCUGCACGGUUAAGUCCAAAAAGGGGGACCAUCUUACCAUGCAUUACACCGGUACGCUCACUGAUGGUGCCAAAUUUGACUCAAGCUUCGACCGUGAUUCACCAUUCUCAUUCCAAUUGGGCGUGGGCCAAGUAAUCAAAGGCUGGGAUCAAGGGCUCGUGGACAUGUGCGUUGGAGAACGACGAAAAUUGACGAUACCGCCAGAAUUAGGAUACGGGGAUCGCGGCGCUGGAAAUGUUAUUCCGGGAGGUGCUACUCUUCUCUUCGAAGUGGAGUUGAUAAAUAUAGCGGACGCUAAGUCAUCGGCGAACGUUUUUAAGGAGAUCGACGUCGACAGUGAUAAUCAAUUGUCGCGUGAGGAGGUGAGCAAAAUGGUGAGCGAGUACUUAAGGAAGCAGAUGGUGGAAGCAAACCAGGCGGGUGACACCAGCGAAGAGAUGAAGAAAAUAAUCGACGACCACGACAAACUUGUCGAGGAAAUUUUCCAACACGAAGACGUCGACAAGAACGGGUUCAUCUCUCACAAGGAGUUCAGCGGGCCCAAGCACGACGAGCUGUGAGCUGCUUCCAAAUAAUU